UCCAAAGAAAUUUUAAUAUAUGGCUUUUCAAAAUUCUAUUAGAUAAUCUAACAAAUUUAUCCAGUAGACUAGUUCCUCUUUGGUGGGAAUCCUCUAAUUAAACUAAUUGUCUUCAAAUUUUCUACCAAAUCUAUCCCAAAAUAUUACGUCAUAAUUGUCACAAUAAAAAAACGUUACUUGUGUAUAUCAAAUAGUGGCCGUUCAAAAAAAAUAGUGUAUAUAAAAUAGUGUUUACUGUAGCACGUACAUGCAUAUCAACACAUAUUUAUUUUUUCCAAAAAAAAAUAAUAUUACAAUUGGCCUCCUUGACUCGUUUCAGUUUAAUAAAUAAAUAAAAAAACUCAUGACAGCAAAAUUGCUCUGUACAAAGUUACAUGUCUCAAGCUGUUUGUUCUUGUUUCAAAUAAAUAAAAACAUAAGUUGGAACUUUUCUUUCCAAAAGCAAUCAAAGUUCUUGCAAAAAGAACUUCAGAGUUCUUAGUUGCAUUAAGCUAGAAUACGUGAGAGAUGGUUUCCGAGGAAGAUCCUGAAGUAGGAGGAACAGAGCGAAGAGUCGGUAAUCGCGGUGACGAGACGACGCCUGAUGUACGAUGGACGUCGUGGCUGAUUCCAGUGGUGGUGGUUGCCAACGUCGUCAUUUUCAUUUCGGUGAUGUACGUCAACGACUGCCCUCACAAGAGCGAUCGUUGUCUCGCAAAGUUCCUCGGACGCUUCUCCUUUGAGUCUUUCAAGAAGAACCCUCUGCUUGGCCCUUCUUCCUCUACAUUGGAGAAAAUGGGAGCUUUGGCAUGGGGGAAAAUAGUUAACAAGCGUCAAGGUUGGAGACUCUUAACAUGUAUGUGGUUGCACGCCGGUGUUAUCCAUUUGCUAACAAACAUGUUUUGUGUCGCCUUCAUUGGAUUUCGUCUCGAACAGCAGUUUGGUUUUGUUCGAGUUGGGACAAUCUAUCUUGUGUCAGGCUUCUGCGGGAGCAUACUAUCUUGUCUGUUUCUUCAGAAUGCCAUAUCCGUUGGUGCUUCAAGCGCCUUGUUUGGACUCUUAGGAGCAAUGUUAUCAGAAUUAUUAAUCAAUUGGACUACCUAUGACAACAAGGGUGUGGCUCUGAUAAUGCUUUUGGUGAUAGUUGGUGUUAACUUAGGAUUAGGUACACUUCCUCCUGUUGAUAAUUUUGCUCACAUUGGAGGUUUCUUGGGAGGUUUUCUUCUCGGUUUUCUUCUCUUGAUUCAUCCACAGUUCGAUUGGGAGGAAAACGGAGUUUCUCUUGUUCCCGGUUCGAUUGUUAAACCGAAGUACAACACUUGUCAAUUCGUGCUUUGCAUAGCUGCAUCCAUCGUCUUUGUGGUCGGGUUUGUUACUGGGUUGGUGUUACUAUUCAGAGGAGAUAACUUGAACAGAUAUUGUAAGUGGUGUCAUAAACUUAGCUACUCUGUAAAAUCCCAAUGGUCAUGACAAUUUUUUUCUUUAGUGU